UUAAAAAAAUGUCAAAUAAAUGGAUUCCAAAAGAUGGAGUUGUUAUAAAAACUCCACAACAACCAACAACAAUAAUUCCAACAAACAAUUUGAAUGGAAUAAAUAAAAUAAAAACAAAAAAAGAAAAAAAUAAAGAAGAAAAUAUAUUUUCUGUUUGGUUUAGUUCUUGUUUUAAACAACGAAAUAAUAAAACAAAAUUUGGAGGAGCAAAACAAAGAACAAGGACAAGAAGUAGAAGUUGUUCUGUUAAUAGAAAACAAUUUGAAGGAGCAUUUUGUGAACAUGUUUGGGAUUUGAGACAAUUAUGUUUAUUCUUUCGAGAUUCUAAUAUAAAUGUAAAACAACCACAAAAAAGUUCAGGAUUAACUUGGGAAUUUGCAAAAGCCCAACUUUUACUGAAAGGAAGGAAUGUUUUGCCUAAACCGAGAGAAAUGGGGAAGUGGGAAUUGUUGUUGAAACAAUUUUGGAAUUUACUUUGGGUAUUGUUAAUUGGUGCUAGUUGCUUGUCUUUAUUACAAUUCUUUUUGGAUACAAGUGAAUUAAUUAAUUUAUGGAUUACUUUAAUUUUGUUUGGAAUGAUUUUUGUAAUGUGUUUAGUUAGCUGGUUUCAAGAAAUGCGUGCAAGACAAGUUGUUCAUGGCUUUCAACGUCUUCUUCCCCAAUGUAGCCAAGUAAUUAGGGAAGGGAAGGAAAGUAGUAUAUCUGCACCAGAUCUUGUAGUUGGGGAUGUUGUACAUAUAAAGUCUGGAGAGAGAGUACCUGCUGAUUUAAGAUUAUUGCAUUGUAUUCAACUUCGUUUGGAAGCUUCUUCAAUUACUGGAGAAUCAGAACCUGUAGAAUAUCAAUCAGAAGAGGUCUCUGAACGUUUUAGUGUUUUUGAAGCUAGAAAUGUUGCUUUUAAUGGAUCUUUAUGUGUUGAAGGGGAAGGGUUUGGAAGUCAAAAGAGAAAAUAA